AUGAACACCAAGUUAGGGUGGACAGUUAAUGGAAGAUCAGGAAUUAAUAAAAAUGAUAGUUCCAGCACGCUCAUGUCGCUACUUGUCAACGACGUAAAUAUAUCCGAUCUUUGGAGGCUUGAUACAUUGAAUAUCAAUGACCCUGCGGAAACUCAAAGUAGAAAAGAACUAGAACAAGCGGCUAAGGAACGUUUUGAACGCAGUGUAACACGAGAUAACGAGGGGCGCUACAUUGAUUGGCAGAGUGAGGGUAUUAUUGAAGAAGUUGAUCCUAUACAAGAAAUCAAAGAAGGACAGCAUUUCUUACCUCACCAUCCUGUCUUCAAGGAGAAUUCGACAACCAAAGUUCGACCCGUUUUUGAUGGUUCAGCUAAAGAAAAGAAUACACCUUCUAUUAAUGACUGCCUCGAAAAGGGACCAAAUCUUAUAGAACUCAUUCCAUCUCUCAUAAAUCGCUUUCGUGUUGGAAAAUAUGGAGUGAUAUCUGACAUCAAGAAGACCUUUCUGCAAAUUGGAUUACAAGAACGAGAUAGACCAUAUCUCAGAUUUUUAUGGAAGGAUAGAAGAAAAGACGGAAAUAUCAAGAUCAUGCAGCACAAAAGAGUUGUGUUCGGAAUCUCCUCCAGUCCUUUCCUUCUAGGAGCUACAUUAGAACUUCAUUUAAAAAACGCCCCAGAUCAUCUCAAGGAAACAGCCCAGCAACUUAUGAGGUCCUUCUACGUUGAUAAUUGUGUUUUCAGCGUCAACAGAAAAGAAGAACUCGCUAGAUUUAUUUCGGAAUCGCAAGCACUAUUAUCUACUGCCAAGUUUUAA